GGCCCCGCCAGUCACGUGGUCACGUGACGCUCUCCAACAUGGCGGCGCCGUGGGGCCGCGGCGUCGCUUCCUGACGGGGCGGCGCGGACGAACGCGGCCGGUGGUGGCCGGGACGCCGGGCCCGCAGCGUCGCUCGCCCGCUUGUUCGCACCGCCCGCCCGCGGGGCUGCCAGCCCCCGCCGGGCCGGGGCCAUGCAGGAGAGCCAGACCAAGAGCAUGUUCGUGUCUCGGGCCCUGGAGAAGAUCCUAGCCGACAAGGAGGUGAAGCGGCCCCAGCACUCCCAGCUGCGCAGGGCCUGCCAGGUGGCGCUCGAUGAAAUUAAAGCAGAAAUAGAAAAGCAGAGGCGUGGCGCUGCUGCACCCCCGAAGGCAAACUUCAUCGAAGCCGACAAGUAUUUCCUUCCGUUUGAGCUAGCUUGCCAGUCCAAGUCCCCCCGGGUGGUCAGCACAUCCCUCGACUGCUUGCAGAAACUCAUCGCAUAUGGGCACAUCACCGGCAACGCCCCCGACAGUGGAGCCCCAGGGAAGCGGCUUAUCGACAGGAUUGUUGAAACCAUUUGCAACUGCUUUCAGGGCCCUCAGACCGAUGAAGGAGUUCAGUUACAAAUAAUUAAGGCUCUUCUGACAGCGGUGACGUCCCCACACAUUGAAAUUCAUGAGGGUACUAUUCUGCAGACAGUUAGGACAUGUUACAAUAUCUAUUUGGCCAGCAAAAAUCUCAUCAAUCAAACCACUGCCAAGGCUACCCUUACUCAGAUGCUGAACGUCAUUUUCACCCGCAUGGAAAACCAAGUGUUGCAGGAGGCCAGAGAAUUGGAAAAACCAGUCCAGUCAAAACCCCAGUCCCCUGUGAUCCAGGCUGCAACAGUGUCCCCAAAGUUCAGUCAUUUGAAGCAGAGCCAGGCACAAAGCAAACCAACGACUCCUGAAAAGACAGAUUUAACUAAUGGUGAACAUGCCAGGAGUGGUUCUGGAAAACAGAGCUCAGAGAACGGAGAUGCACCUGGUGAAAGAGGCCCGUCGCUGUCAGGGACUGAUGACGGAGCCCAGGAGGUGGUCAAGGAGAUCUUAGAAGAUGUGGUCACAUCUGCUGUUAAAGAAGCAGCACAAAAGCACGGUCUGACAGAACCUGAGAGGGUCCCAGGUGAAAUGGAGUCCCAGGAGUGUGCUGUGCCCCCAGCAGCUGAUGAAGAUUCACAGACCAACGGGAUAGCGGACGACAGGCAGUCCUUGUCAUCAGCGGAUAAUCUGGAAUCAGAUGCACAGGGACAUCAGGUGGCCGCUAGGUUCUCUCACAUUCUCCAGAAGGACGCCUUCCUGGUGUUUCGCUCCCUUUGCAAGCUGUCCAUGAAGCCCCUUGGUGAAGGCCCCCCAGAUCCAAAAUCCCACGAGCUGCGCUCCAAGGUGGUCUCCCUGCAGCUGCUCCUGUCCGUGCUGCAGAACGCGGGCCCCGUCUUCAGGACUCACGAGAUGUUCAUCAACGCGAUCAAGCAGUAUCUCUGUGUGGCGUUGUCCAAAAACGGCGUCUCUUCAGUGCCUGAUGUCUUUGAGCUCUCUCUUGCCAUUUUUCUUACUCUUCUCUCAAACUUUAAAAUGCACUUGAAAAUGCAGAUAGAGGUCUUUUUCAAAGAGAUUUUCCUGAACAUUUUAGAAACAUCAACAAGUUCUUUUGAGCACAGGUGGAUGGUCAUUCAGACUCUGACAAGGAUCUGUGCAGAUGCCCAGUGUGUUGUAGAUAUUUACGUCAACUACGACUGUGAUUUAAAUGCUGCUAACAUUUUUGAGCGCCUCGUAAACGAUUUAUCCAAAAUCGCUCAGGGAAGAAGUGGACAUGAGCUGGGAAUGACACCUCUGCAGGAGCUCAGUCUGAGGAAGAAAGGUUUGGAGUGCCUCGUGUCCAUUCUCAAGUGCAUGGUGGAAUGGAGCAAAGACCUGUAUGUCAAUCCCAACCACCAGACCAGCCUCGGUCAGGAGAGGCCCACAGAUCAGGAAAUGGGGGACGGGAAAGGCCUUGACAUGGCCAGACGGAGCAGUGUGACAUCCAUGGAGUCCACAGUGUCCUCAGGGACCCAGAUGGCUGUCCAAGAUGAUCCGGAGCAGUUUGAGGUCAUCAAGCAACAAAAGGAGAUUAUUGAACACGGCAUCGAGCUUUUCAACAAGAAACCCAAGAGAGGGAUCCAGUUCCUUCAGGAGCAGGGCAUGCUGGGAACGUCCGUCGAAGAUAUUGCCCAAUUCCUGCACCAGGAGGAGCGCCUCGAUUCUACCCAGGUAGGUGAUUUUCUGGGAGAGAGCACGAGGUUCAACAAGGAAGUGAUGUAUGCCUAUGUGGACCAACUUGACUUCUGUGAAAAGGAGUUUGUCUCAGCCCUACGGACAUUUCUGGAAGGUUUCCGCCUACCUGGGGAAGCCCAGAAGAUUGAUCGAUUGAUGGAGAAGUUUGCAGCGAGAUACAUAGAGUGCAACCAGGGGCAAACCCUAUUCGCUAGUGCUGACACUGCAUAUGUCCUAGCAUACUCCAUUAUCAUGCUAACUACAGACUUGCACAGCCCUCAGGUAAAAAAUAAAAUGACAAAAGAACAGUAUAUUAAAAUGAAUCGGGGUAUCAACGAUAGUAAAGACCUACCGGAAGAAUACCUCUCAAGCAUAUAUGAAGAAAUAGAAGGCAAGAAAAUUGCAAUGAAAGAAACAAAAGAGCAUACGAUCGCAACCAAAUCAACUAAGCAGAGUGUAGCUAGUGAAAAACAGCGACGGCUGCUGUACAAUCUGGAGAUGGAGCAAAUGGCUAGAACAGCCAAGGCCCUGAUGGAGGCCGUGAGCCAUGCCAAAGCCCCGUUCACAAGUGCCACACACUUGGACCACGUCCGGCCAAUGUUCAAGCUGGUGUGGACACCACUGCUGGCCGCCUAUAGCAUCGGACUGCAGAACUGUGACGACACAGAAGUGGCCUCCCUGUGCUUGGAGGGCAUCCGGUGUGCAGUCCGGAUUGCCUGCAUCUUUGGAAUGCAGCUGGAGCGAGACGCCUAUGUUCAGGCUCUUGCUCGCUUCUCCCUGCUGACGGCCAGCUCCAGCAUCACAGAAAUGAAGCAGAAAAACAUCGACACCAUAAAGACGCUUAUUACGGUGGCACACACCGAUGGCAACUACCUUGGGAAUUCCUGGCAUGAGAUCUUGAAAUGCAUCAGCCAGCUGGAGCUUGCUCAGCUCAUAGGAACCGGUGUGAAAACCCGCUACUUGUCUGGAUCUGGACGUGAAAGAGAAGGGAGCCUGAAGAGCCACACGUUGGCAGGAGAAGAGUUCAUGGGCCUUGGCCUUGGUAAUUUGGUGAGUGGUGGCGUGGAUAAAAGACAGAUGGCCAGCUUCCAGGAGUCGGUUGGUGAGACCAGCUCGCAGAGUGUGGUUGUAGCUGUGGACAGAAUUUUUACUGGAUCUACCAGACUGGAUGGAAAUGCCAUAGUUGACUUUGUCCGCUGGUUGUGUGCCGUGUCCAUGGACGAGCUGGCCUCCCCCCACCACCCCCGCAUGUUCAGCUUGCAGAAGAUUGUGGAGAUCUCAUACUACAACAUGAAUCGGAUUCGGCUGCAAUGGUCCCGAAUAUGGCAUGUGAUUGGAGAUCACUUCAAUAAGGUUGGCUGUAACCCCAAUGAAGAUGUGGCCAUCUUUGCUGUUGACUCCUUAAGGCAGCUGUCUAUGAAGUUUCUCGAGAAAGGAGAAUUAGCCAACUUCCGUUUCCAGAAAGAUUUUCUGAGGCCCUUUGAGCAUAUCAUGAAGAAAAACAGAUCUCCGACCAUCCGGGACAUGGUGAUCCGCUGCAUCGCCCAGAUGGUGAACUCCCAGGCGGCCAACAUCCGCUCAGGCUGGAAGAACAUCUUUGCCGUGUUCCACCAGGCAGCCUCGGAUCACGACGGGAACAUUGUGGAGCUGGCCUUCCAGACCACGGGCCACAUUGUCACAACUAUUUUCCAGCACCAUUUCCCUGCAGCCAUCGACUCCUUUCAGGAUGCUGUCAAGUGCUUAUCAGAGUUUGCCUGCAAUGCCGCCUUCCCGGACACCAGCAUGGAGGCCAUCCGGCUCAUCCGCUUCUGUGGGAAAUAUGUCUCUGAGAGGCCUCGGGUGCUACAAGAAUACACAAGUGACGACAUGAAUGUGGCUCCUGGCGACCGGGUCUGGGUCCGAGGCUGGUUCCCCAUCCUGUUCGAGCUCUCCUGCAUCAUCAAUAGAUGCAAGCUGGAUGUUCGGACAAGAGGACUCACAGUCAUGUUCGAGAUCAUGAAGAGCUAUGGCCACACCUUCGAGAAGCACUGGUGGCAGGACUUGUUCAGAAUCGUGUUCAGGAUUUUUGACAAUAUGAAACUCCCUGAGCAGCAGUCAGAGAAAUCCGAGUGGAUGACGACAACGUGCAAUCACGCGCUCUAUGCUAUUUGUGACGUGUUCACCCAGUUUUAUGAAGCUCUGAAUGAAGUUCUUCUUUCUGAUGUGUUUGCACAGUUGCAGUGGUGUGUAAAACAAGAUAAUGAGCAGUUGGCUCGCUCAGGUACAAAUUGCUUAGAAAACUUAGUGAUAUCCAAUGGGGAGAAAUUCAGUCCCGACGUCUGGGAUGAAACGUGCAGUUGUAUGCUGGAUAUCUUCAAGACAACCAUUCCACACGUUUUGCUGACAUGGAGACCUGUAGGGAUGGAGGAAGAUCCAUCGGAGAAACACUUGGAUGUGGAUCUGGACCGCCAGUCUCUGAGCAGCAUAGAUAGAAAUGCCUCUGAGAGAGGCCAGAGUCAACUCUCUAACCCGACCGAUGACAGCUGGAAAGGUAGACCAUAUGCAAAUCAGAAACUGUUUGCCAGCCUCCUCAUCAAGUGUGUGGUCCAGCUGGAAUUGAUACAGACCAUUGACAACAUCGUGUUCUACCCUGCAACAAGCAAAAAAGAAGAUGCAGAACACAUGGUUGCUGCCCAGCAAGACACGCUGGAUGCAGACAUCCACAUAGAGACAGAGGACCAGGGCAUGUACAAGUGCAUGUCUUCCCAGCAUCUCUUCAAGCUGCUGGACUGCUUGCAGGAGUCCCAUUCGUUCUCAAAGGCCUUCAACUCCAAUUACGAGCAACGGACUGUCCUGUGGCGAGCAGGUUUUAAAGGCAAAUCUAAACCCAAUCUUCUAAAGCAAGAAACCAGCAGCCUGGCCUGUUGUUUGAGGAUCCUGUUUCGGAUGUAUGUUGACGAGAACCGCAGGGAUUCCUGGGAUGAAAUCCAGCAGCGACUUUUAACCGUGUGCAGUGAGGCCCUUGCCUAUUUCAUCACCGUGAAUUCAGAAAGCCAUCGGGAGGCCUGGACAAGUCUUCUGUUGUUACUUCUAACAAAAACCCUCAAAAUAAACGAUGACAAGUUUAAAGCACACGCUUCUAUGUACUACCCCUACUUGUGUGAAAUCAUGCAGUUUGACCUCAUCCCUGAGCUCCGAGCGGUCCUGCGCAAGUUCUUCCUGCGGAUAGGCGUUGUGUAUAAGAUCUGGAUUCCAGAAGAGCCAUCGCAGCUACCGGGGACACUGUCACCAGUGUGGUAGCCCCGGCCCCGGCGGGCCACUGCUGCAGCUCUGCAGAACGCUCACCAUGCCGCCUCUGCCUGGCACAUCUCGUGACGGGGUCAGGUCUUAGACACGAGGAGUCGGCCUCUGGGAGCUCAGAACGGCCUGGAGGAAGCCGGCCGCUGCGCUGGCCCCAUCGGUCCCUGACUAAGACGUUGUGCCGUUUCAUUCAAGUGUUGCAUACCCAGUUAACACAGUAGGUGGGGAGUCUGUUUCCUCUCCGUCAUUCCAUUUUACUGAUUAAACUGUCAAACCUGUCA